AUGUGGAUCAUCCUCACGGGCAUUCACGCCGUCACAUCCGCGCGUUUCGUCAAGGCGCUCAAGAUCAACUGCUCCGACUUCAUCGCAGGGGGACUAGACGAGAACACGUCAGCCGAGAUCAUCAGAGAGAUCGUGUCGUGGCGUCUCGUCGACCUUCUCGAAAUCUCCGGCGGCACCUACACCAACCCAAUGUUCACGGCAUCGUCCAUGUCGCCGCAGAACCCGUCCCCACGCCAAUCGCUCUUUGCGCACUUCACGGCAGCUCUGCUCCCCACUCUGCCGGCGCCCCCGUACGGCCCGGCCAUAAUGCUGACGGGCGGCCUGCACGACCGCGCGCUGAUAGCGAGCUCGCUGCGGAACAAAGCGUGCCACCUGGCGGGCAUCGGGCGGCCGGCGGCCGUCGUGCCCGACCUGCCGCGGCGCGUGCUCCUGAACCGGGAGCUGGACGGCUCCAAGGCGCGCAUAGCGUAUGACAUUCCGCACGCCGAGGCGGCGCGGCGCCUCCUGAACGCGCAGAUCUUUGCCCCGCGCACCCCCAGGCCAUCCAAGCCAUCCACACGCCCGCGGCGCUGGGCAAGCCACACGUCCUCAUGCCCCUCCAACCCCUCCAGUCCCUCCACGGCUAGCUUCAUCAGCCUCGACGAUCCCGAGUGCACAUGUGCGGAGAACGAGGCGAUCGAGCGCGCCAGCAACGGUUCGGGCGUCAAGCUCGUUGGCGCGGGCAUUGGCACGACGUGGCACGAGUGGCAGAUGGCGAGGAUGGGACGGGGGGAGGAGCCGGAUCUCGAGCUCGACUGGUUCAGGGGCCUCGCGACCGAGACGCUGUGGCAGACCAUCUGCGCCGGAGGGCCGGUCAAUUGGCUCAAGCGCUGGUGGGGGAAGGACUGGUAG